AUGUCUGAGAAGGCCGCCAGUGCACUCCGAGCUACCGCGGAUUGGAUUCAGUCUUUCAACGAUGGAGGAGACAAGAGGGAGGAUCGGAACGCCUUGACGAGGGCAGGCAAGCGAAAUACUGGCAAGCUCUCGCCCAAGGGGCCGGGUCGGAGAGAUGAGGACAAACCCGUCGGCCGGGAGAUGACCCGCAGUAGGGAGCAGAUCCCAAGAGAGCAAUUGGCGAGAGAACAGCAGAUCCCAAGAGAGCAAUUGGCGAGAGAACAGCAGAUGGCGAGAGAACAGAUGGCGAGAGAACAGAUGGCGAGAGAACAGAUGGCGAGAGACCAUCAGCUGGCGAGGGAGCAACAACUGGCGAAGGGGCAACAAUUGGCGAGGGAGCACCAAAGGGCUAGAGAGCAGCAGAUGGCGAGGGACCAGCAGAUGGCGAGGGACCAGCAGAUGGCUAGAGACCAGCAGAUGGCUAGAGACCAGCAGAUGGCUAGAGACCAGCAGAUGGCUAGAGAACAGCAGAUGGCUAGAGACCAGCAGAUGGCUAGAGACCAGCAGAUGGCUAGAGACCAGCAGAUGGCUAGAGACCAGCAGAUGGCUAGAGACCAGCAGAUGGCUAGAGACCAGCAACUGGCUAGAGACCAACAACUGGCUAGAGAGCGGGAAUCGCUAGCCGCCCGGGAGCGCAAGCAGCGAGCCAGGGAGCAGGCUGCGGCAGAAGAGCGACAACGGGCGGAGGCUGUCAAACGUGAACAGGCCUCGCAAACUACGCGACCGCCACCCAGAUGA